GUCUCGUGUGCUUUCGUUCUUUGUUCACUUUCACAAAAUUUUUCCCAAAACACUCAAAAACCCUAAUUUUCAUCGCUCGCCCAAUCUCAUCAUCACUUUUGAUCCGUCGAUCUCAUCUGCAAUUAAUCUCACUAAAAGGAACACAAUAAUGGGCACGUCUGCUCAAGGAUUUGAUCUAAUGGAGAAUGGCAGGGAGAUUGAAGAAGAAACUUCAAAUGAUAUUGAGCUUGAAACAGUUGAAGAGUGCGACGACACUGGUGAAAACACGAAGAUGGUUGUACUUUGUGAUGACGAUUUAGUUAAAGCUGAUUCGUCAGAGCCGUAUGUUGGGAUGGUGUUCAAAUCUGCAGAUGAUGGUAGGGAAUAUUAUUCUGAGUAUGGCAGGCUAAAUGGUUUCACUAUACGUGUUAAUCGCAAAAGAAGAUCGCGUAUUGAUCGUGCGGUUAUUGGUUUUGAUUAUGUAUGUUCAAAGGAAGGAUUUCGGCGAAAGAAAUCAUCUAAGGAAGAAAAGGUUGCUCGACUAUCCAGGCAAACUAGAGUGGGAUGCAAGGCAAUCUUAGUGAUAGCGUACAAGAGAGAUCUUGAAAAAUGGGUUGUUACCAAUUUUGUUAGAGAGCAUAAUCACGAGCUUAUGGUUCCAAGUGAGGUUCCAGUCCGACAGAUAGAUAAGGGUCCACUUAACGAGGAUGAGAAGGAUAAACGAAUUAGGGAAUUGACAACAAAGCUUUACAAUGAGAAGCAACGGUUCCAACGACAGUGUGCAGCAUAUGAAGAGCGCUGCGAUGCAUAUAAAGCUCAGUUAAGUAAAAUCAUGAAAGACAUUGAUAUGCACACCGACCACCUUACCAUGACUGUUCAAACUGUUGUUCAGAGUAUUAAAGAGAUAGAAGAUGAAGAAUCAAAUCAUUGGGAGACCCAAGCAAUUCAAAGUGAAACAAACCGGUAGCAUUUUAAUUGGAGGUGAUAAUGUUAUCCAAAUUUGCCUACGAUGCUGGUGCUGCUAAUUGAAGUGCUCCAUCAAAUGGCUGGCAGGUGACCAUUUAAUCCGCAGUUAGCUCGUGGAUAACCCCAAAUUAAGCUUUUGUUUGGCAUAUACUAAACCGCAUGUGUGUUCAUCAACAGAGCUGUUCAGCAGGGAUAGUCUAUCCAAGGUUAACUGAAAAGCAUUAUCUGUACAAUGAGGGUUUACCCCAUUUUCUGACCAGGAUUACCCUGGCUCUUAUCCACUCAAUUGUAUACCUUUGUAUUUGGAUUUCUGGUUUAUGAUGCAAAUGAAAUUUCAGCUAAUAUU